AUGGAGUUAAAUUAUAGGACACCCAGCUGGUGUGGCAGAGAAUUGCUUGUUGUGGGGAAAAAUCUCCACCCAUUUGGUGACCAGAAAGAAAUCUGGAAAGUUGAUGACACUCUACAGUAUCACCUGCAAAACCAAAGCAUUCAAAAGAGUGUGAAACAAUACCAUGACCAUAAUACAUUUGCAAAUAUUGUUAAUCAGAGUGGAAGUCAUUUCCUGUUAAAGCAGAAUUGUGAUGUGUUUGACUUACAUGAAAAACCACUCAAAUCAAAUGUAAGUUUUGAAAAUCAGAAGAGAAGCUGUAACUUAAAGAACUCUGCUGUGUUUAAUGAAAAUGGAAAGUCCUUACUCCAUGCUAACCAUGUACAAUCUUUUACUGAAAUUACCUUUCCUGUAAGUGCAAAACCUAUCAACACUAAACUGCAGUCCAUGAAGCAACAGAGAAUUCACAACAUAGAGAAAGCCCAAGUAUGUGUUGAGUAUGGAAAAGCCUUCCUCAAGAUGUCUCAGCUCUUUUAUCAUCAGAGAGUUCAUACUAGAGAGAAACCUCAUGGAUGCAGUAUGUGUGGGAAAGCCUUCUCCAGAAAAUCCAGGCUAACUGAACAUCAGAGAAUUCAUAUUGGACUGAAAGAUUAUGAGUGCACUGAGUGUGAUAGAACCUUGAAAAAAUGUCAGUUCAGCAUACAUCAGAAAACUCAUAUGGGAGAGAAACCUUACACAUGUAGUGAAUGUGGGAAAACAUUCAUCAAAAAGUGUCUGCUGUUGGAGUUCCCGUCGUGGCGCAGUGGUUAACGAAUCUGACUAGGAA